AUGGAAUCCCCAAAUUUGCCAGAGGCAGACCAAGUAACGGGUCAGCAAAUUAAAUUACCCGAAAUUCCAGGUCAAAUUAUCCCCGACAUACUUUCAAGACUACCAGUAAAAUCAUUGUGUCGAUUCAAAUGCGUUAGUAAGUCAUGGCAGAAUCUAGUAUCUGAUCCCAAAUUCAGUCUCAAAACCAAUGUUUCCCGGGCAAUUUUCUGGAUAGAAACCAGCCCAUUUCUAUAUUCUGUGAACCCUGAUCUUCUUGGUGAAAACAUCCUCAACCCAUUAUCUGAAAUCCCAUAUCGGCCAAAUCAAAACCAAGUAAUUCUUGGUUCUUGUAAAGGCUUCAUACUCUUCAGCUAUUCUACCUCAAUAUACUUAUGGAAUCCCUCCAUUAGAUGUUGUAAAAAGGUUCUCCGACUUAGCCUACUGAGGGAGAAUUACACAGUAGUCGCCUCAGGAAUUUGCUUUGAUGAAGUUAGUGAUGAUUAUAAGAUAGUUAUCCUACUUUCUCCCAUUACUGGUAGAAGGAUAAUUUUGCUUGCUAGUUUAAGAAGUCAAGCGUGGGCAGAAAUCAAUCAUCCGCAUUCGAUGUUUUCAGCUAAAUCUGGCCCUGUUGUUAAUGGAAAAAUACAUUGGGUAGUUAGAGAAGAGAAAGGUGAUCGCGACUUGAUUUUUUACUUUGACAAAACAACAAAUCGUUUUGUCAAGUUGCCAAUGCCAGACAACAAUGUUGGUGAUUCUACUGACAUUUUUAGAUUAGGUGUUUUAGAUGGAUGUCUAACUUUGUCGCGAUUUGGGAAUAUUUGGGAUCUUGAGCAUAUUACUGAGGUCUUAAUCAUGAAAGAGUAUGGUGUGAAGGAGUCGUGGAUGACUUUGUGCCGCAUACCAAUGAAAGGUCCACGGAUUUGGUCUCCUCCAUUGUUUUAUAUCAAGGGAUCAAGAGACGAAGUUUUGAUCUCGAAUGGUCUCAGUGUAGUGGUUUUCAGUUUGAAAGAUCAGACAAUGAGGGAGUUUCCCUUUGCAAUGAUGCCGCAUGACUUUUGUAUGUAUGUUGAAAGUCUAACAACAAUCCCUGAACGGCUUCGUGAUCAAAGGCGGGAGCAAAAUGCCAGUGGAAGCAUGGAAAGAGCUGCUGAAACUUGA